AUGCGCUUUUCGCUGCCCCAACGAUACGUGGUGCGAUACAGAAGCACCAGACUCUUAACUUUUCACAACACAAACCCGCUUCUCCGAAGCCUACCAAAUGGCGACUUGCCCCCAGUAGUAGGAGCCAUCAUCUGGGCCCGUCAAAUCAAACGACAACCCAACAUACAUAAAACGUGUCGAAGACGUCUUCGGAAAGGGCUGGGAACUCUACGCAGAAGGUCAAUAGCUGCGAUCCGACUCCUCAGCAUUCUGCAAAAAAAACAGACAGACGACCUGUAUUCGAUGCAUUGGAACAUCUGCGUUCAGGGACGUUUAUUCAAAAUUAUCUGUUUGAGCGGAGAAGGGUUCCAGCGAUCCGUGGCAGAGUCUUGA